UUUUAUUUUUAUUGUUACAAAAAAAAGAAAUACAAUAUGUACAAGACGUCGCACGUCGUACGCAAAUGAACGAUAAUCCUAAGAUUGGAGGUAAAAUUAGCGUCUCGCGUCUCGAGACUGAAUAACUUAUUAAUUACAAUUGUUAAACCCCUCGAGUGUUCACGUCGCCGCAUUCCCCAACAUCACUACACGCACGCGGGAUGCGCGCUCUCGGUGCCCUUUAUAGUUGCGCAGCUUUAUAUCGUGGCAAUCGAUAAAGUACAGAAAGCGCCGCGAACCUGCUACUUCGCGGAUCCUCUUCGACGGCAUCGGACGGCCGUGUGUGUCCGCGCCGGUUCCGAUCGCUCUUCCUCGCGGUAUUCGUUCAUUUUCGCGUAUCGCUAUGUAAACAAUCCCGUGAAAGCGCAGUAAUGACAGUGACUUUCCUCUACGAUAAGCAGUCCUGUAGAAGUCAGAGAAGAGCACGAAGAAGAUCGUCGAGUGAAGUAGAAGUAGACCCGCCACCAGUUUCGGAUAACCACAGUCGAAAAUGAGGGCCUGCGCGCUGUGCACGAAUACCACGAAGAACUGCACCUGAAAGUUAAUGCAGAUUUGGCAGUAUUCGAACACUAGAAAUCAACUUUGCUAACUUUCUACAAUGAAUAUCAGCGCGCCGCCGACGAUCGACAGGAUGUCGAAUACGAUCUACAACAAUUCAGCAGUACGAGUUUGGCACUUUUUAUUCCAUGAUUUAUCUGAUCCUCGAACUAGAGACUGGUUUCUUAUAUCGUCACCCAUACCGGGCAUGAGUAUCAUAUUUGGCUAUCUUUAUUUCGUAUUAUCAUGGGGACCGAAAUACAUGGAACAUCGAAAGCCAUACAAAUUAAAAAAUACUCUAGUCGUUUACAAUUUUCUACAGAUAAUUAUUAGCACGUGGUUGUUUUGGGAAGGCCUAACCGGCGCAUGGCUCAGUGAACACUACAAUUGGAGAUGUGAACCGGUGGACUUUUCGUAUAAUCCUCGCGCUCUGAGAGUCGCAAGAGGUGUUUACUUUUAUUUUCUGGCGAAACUCACGGAGCUCCUCGACACGGUGUUCUUCGUAUUGCGCAAGAAGGAAAAGCAAAUCACGUUUCUUCAUAUGUACCAUCAUACUGUGAUGCCAAUGAUAUCGUGGGGCGCUACGAAAUAUUAUCCCGGAGGCCACGGUAUUUUUAUAGGAAUCAUUAAUAGCUUUGUGCACAUCAUCAUGUACACUUAUUAUUUACUGGCAGCGUUGCUUCCUCAUCGCCUGUCUCAGCGGUACCUCUGGUGGAAGAAGUAUAUUACCACUUUGCAAAUGACUCAAUUCUGUCUGGCCUUUCUGCACAACCUCCAAUUAUUGUUCUACGACUGCGACUAUCCGAAAUUUUCGCUAGCUUUCGUCUUGCCGAAUGCGGUGUUCUUCUAUUUCCUGUUCUCGGAUUUCUACAAUAAUGCUUACGCCCCGAAGAAGGAAAGCAACGGCGCAACACCGUCGAUCCAGAACUCGGCCAGAGCGAACGGCGUCGCGGAGAAAGUGAGCAACGACGAGAUACUAAACGGAAAAGGGAAAACCGAGUAAUCGGAAACGGCAAGGAGGAAGAAAAUGACGCGACCGCAAUGAGACAGCCACUAUCAUUCUGCUCUUUUACUUGAAUCGCAACUGCAGUCUAUCCCGUUAAUUUUGCCGACAUGGCAGAACCGUAAAAAACGUUCAGUGCCGCUGAAAAGGAGAAUUCAACGCGCACAACGUGAAAUAAAUUGUAACGAAGAGAUGGCCACAGACAUCAGUGCAGAUAGAAUACAUUCAAUUAUUAAGCAAUUGAAUUUUUAAGCUUCCUUUUUUUACAAAUUAAGCGAUUCGUCUAUUGCGCAUAUUUUAUUUUGCAUCUUCUUAUCUUUAGCGCAUUCUUACAUUUAUAGCAAAAUUGUAUUUUGACAGUUAAGUCAAUGUCGAAACUUCUAUAUUUAAUUAGGGUGUGUGUAGGAUAUUUUAACUAUCACACAUAUUCAUUUCAUAUAUGAUUUGAGUAAAUUAUGCAAACUUUAUCAUUUCUUGUCUAUUUAUGUGUAAUUAUUUAUAUCAAAUUUACAGUUUAAAAUAUUACAACAUAUA